CGCUGCGUUAUCUUCAACAGAUUUUUAAAGAACAAACUUUUUGUUCUGAGGUGCGGCUCCUGUGCACCUUCGUGCGCUCUUGCGCCUCUUCAUUGUUUUCUGUUGCGUGUCUUUGACAGGCAGAAGUUAAGAAUUGCUUGCAGUUUUGGAUCGUCGGAACCUGCAAGGAUGGGAAAAUCGAGUCGCAAGGAGAAAAAGAGGAGGAGAAAUUCCUCUCGCGAUCGUCUCACAGUCCUGGAGAAUAAAGUAGAACGCGUGCUUGGCCUAUUGUCUCAAAGAGAGGUUAAAUCGCCCGGCCGCCCUCGAUCUUCGACAUCGAUUCUGACCACUGAGAUCCAGGAUAAUCUAGGGUCAUGCAGCGACUCGGAAUCUAUAAGAUCCGUCUCAGCCGGUGCCUCCCAGGCUUCCUCGGAAGGCCAAGUAUUACCGGCGGACCAGAUGAAUUCAGGAGUAAGUAACUUAUCUGUCAGAUCCUCAUCCCCUACACCACACAAACGAGUUAGGUUAGAGGAAGGACCGUCCACUAACGUGGAAGAGGAAGCAGCAGAGCCUCUAACUAAAGAGUUAUUUGGAUCCGACCUCGUUCAAGAGGAGUUAGCGCCGUGGAAUGAGCUAGUGACUCAUCGUUGGCGCGACCUGGCGCGCAAGGGCCUCCCGGCAGAGCAGCGCGAUCCUCUACUAAAGAAAUAUGCCCCUGGCGAAGCAGUGGCUUUUCUUAAAGCCCCCAUGCUAAAUCAAGAGUGCAAGGUGGCUCUUAAGAAUAACUCGAUAGUGAAGAGAGACAAUUACAACAACAUGAAUCAAAAUCAGGUGGGCGCGGCCUUAUGUGCAUUGGGCGAAGCGAUCUCUGACUUCCUCAGACCAGAUACGCAAAGAUCCUUGUGUCCUGAGGCCCGGUUAGCGGUGGCUAAAGUCAACGAGGGAGCUCAAAUCUUGGCAGAUUUACAUUACAGGUUAUCCCUCGCUAGGAGAGCUCAGAUUGCACCCACUCUGAAUCUAACAGCCAAGGCUACAAUUGACACCAUUCCGGUGGACGAUUUCCUGUUUGGUGCCUCCUUUGGAGAGGAAAUUAAAAAGGUUGCCUCCAUGGAAAAGUCUUCGAGGGACAUUAUUAAGGCGCCGCUAACAAUCUCAAAACGAGUGCAACAACCGCUAAAACAGCCAGCGCAGGUAGCCUCAGCGAGACCGGGAAACUCCCGGGCCCCUGUCAGAAGCUCGAGAUCGGUUUGGAGGAGAACAGGGGUAACAAGCGAUCGCCGCCGAUCAACAUACCGCUCGAGGUCCCAUUCGAGGAGGCGUUAAACUGUGUGGAGGUAAAUAGAGCGGGCAGGUUGUCAG